UUAGCAUAGCAUAGCACUUCCAGGUUAUACGUGUAGUUUUCUUUUAGGAGUGCUCUACCGCUGCUCAAGUUGAAGGUUAAUGGUUUAGAGUUACAGACGACUAUCGUUUUCUUUCCGACGAGGACUUUUUGAUUUGUCGCGGCAUUUUCAGUAGGGUGAAAACAGCUGGUAAACUCAUGAAGGUUUUCAUAACGAGACGCAUCCCACAAGAGGGGAUGAAGAUUCUUACAGCUGCAGGAGUCUGUGAGGUGUCUCAGUGGGACUCAGAUGAGCCUGUGCCGAGGACAGAGUUUCUCAAAGGGGUUCAGGGAGCUCAUGGUCUGAUAUGUUUGCUGUCCGACAAGAUCGAUGCUGAGGUUCUGGAUGCAGCAGGACCGAAUUUGAAAGUAAUCAGCACCUUGUCUGUGGGAUUUGACCACUUGGCUCUUGAUGAGAUAAAAAAACGCGGUAUACGUGUUGGAUACACUCCAGAUGUCCUGACAGACGCCACUGCUGAGCUUACUGUGUCUCUGCUGCUGGCCACAGCUCGCAGAUUACCAGAGGGAGUGGAGGAGGUCAAAAAUGGUGGCUGGAGCUCGUGGAAGCCUCUCUGGCUGUGCGGUUAUGGCCUGUCCGGCAGCACUGUGGGAAUCAUUGGACUGGGACGCAUUGGUAUGGCCAUAGCUCAGAGACUCAUGCCAUUUGGAGUGAAGAGGCUGUUGUAUUCUGGGAGAACAGCGAAGCCCCACGCUGCAGAAGUGAAUGGAGAAUUUGUUCCACUGGACACACUUGUGUCUGAGAGUGACUUCAUAGUUGUUUCCUGCUCACUUACACCAGAAACCCAGGGCCUAUGUGACAAGGCUUUUUUCAGCAAGAUGAAAAAAACAGCAGUCUUUGUCAACACUAGCAGGGGAGCUGUGGUGAACCAGGAGGAUCUGUACGCAGCUCUGAGCAGUGGGAAGAUAGCUGCGGCCGGGCUGGAUGUUACAACACCUGAACCACUUCCAACAAACCACCCACUUCUUACAUUAAAAAACUGUGUGGUGUUACCGCACAUCGGCAGUGCCACUUACUCCACAAGAGGCAUCAUGUCAGGUUUGGCAGCUCAAAACCUUUUGGGAGGUUUGCAGGACUCUGACAUGCCCAGCGAACUAAACUUCUAGAGGCUAAAGCUGAACCACCUGUGCCUGCUGCCUCCUCGGGUGCUGCACGGAAAGUAGAAAACUAUGAUGCAAUGGUGAGGUUGAAUAGUGUGAUACUUAAGUAGUGUAGAUAUGCUCAAUAACACGGGGAAUCAGUGUUAGAUUAAAAGUUUAACUCCAUCACACUUCAUGAGAUAGAGGGUACAAUUUGAGGAAGGAAACAGUGCUGGUUUUGUUAUGUGCCAUUUCUUGUAUUCAAGUUCUUGAAAACGAGGCUAAUGAGCUGAGAGGCAGUGUGCCUUUCUCUUACAUCUAACCGAACACUCCUAGCUUUUUGUAGAAAACAGAUCUUUCUUUGCAUGUUUGAAGAUUCUCUCUAAAUUACACUCCUGAGACCUGAGUUUUAGUUUGACUGGUGUUAGAGAUUUCUUCUAGCUAUUUGGGGUAAGGAGGACCCAGUAAAUAGAACUUUAUGAUUUAUUAUUAUACAUAUUAUAUACAAUUUAGAAAUAAUAUUAUUAAAGUCAAAAAGCAAAAAUCUUCUGACACCACCAAACAGCAGUGUAAGUGUUCAACUGGUUCCAGUUACACAGAAUUUAGUAUUAUGGUGCAGACAACCAAAUAUGUGAUGUCCUCGUAUAAGAACACUAGAUCUCAGGAGGUUAAAUCUUUGGUUUUGCACUUAUAACCCAUGUUAGCUACAAUGGUUGCAGUACAGUUUAGAAUUAAAUGUCCUGCUUAGCAUUUUACUUAUGGAUGUUAAUGUCUCAGAUCUACUUACUCAACAUCUCUACACUCCAGUUCUUCUUUUUCUGCAGAAUAAACAUGCAAAAUUUAGUUUAAUGCACAGACGUCUACAUUGUAGAAUUACCUCUGGCUGAAAACUGAUCUGUGAUCAAUAAAGACUAUCAAAUGUAA